CAGCAAUUUCUUUUCACGAACAAAAACGGAAGUAAUGGGUAUUCCGAAUUCGUCGAAUGUCUAAGGACUUUUUCCGGACUUGUGGUAAGGGUAAAAGCUCGCAACGUAGUAAAAGCUUUCCGGCUGUUGGUCCACGGCAUGCUGGGAACUUUCCGCAUCCUGGCAUCCUGCGAAGGAUUCAUUCAUCAGUAGAACAAACGCCGUCUGAUGGAAUAGAUGUGCUAGUGACACAGAGGGAACCGAACCGAACGGAGGCUCCAAAAGGCGACAUUCUCGACUCGUUUGGCGCCAUAUUUACUAGGACCAAUCGGAGUCGCCAGCUCUGUAUUUGCGUGACUGCGUGUGUGCGCGAGAUAGUCCUGUUUUUUGGACCCCCCUUUGUUUGUGUAACUUCGCGCGCUUUUGUGUCUUAUAUACCAACGGGAUUUGAAAAGGCGUGAGAUUUGCGGCCAGCUGCUGGACGACUGCCAGCGAACUGAAAUCUUAAUUAGCCAUUUAAUGGCAGUUGGCACACAACAAAGCCCGAUGCAGCAGCAGCAUUUGCAGCCGGAACUGUAGUCCAUCCAAAGCCGAUCAGCUUGAGUGUUUUAUGGUGGUCCCGAAGUGGCAGCUACAGCCCUAACAUACAACUAACAAGCACAACAUCGGCUUAGGGCAGCAGGAAGUAUAAACACGAGCCAAGGAAACAAAGUAAUCUAUAAAGAUGGCCGGCGGGGGCAGGACAGCCGGCAAAUACGGAUAUUCGGACAACAAUUAUUACAGUGGUCACUCGUACAAGAGCAUCAACGAUGAGAUUAUACUGGUCAGCAUCAUAAUGGGCAUCACCAUACUGGUCCUCAUCACAAUCGCCCUGUGCUACAUUGCGUACGAGAAGUGCCAGAAGAAGCGGGAGUACUAUAUCAACGCCUAGAGGUUGUCCCCACCGGAAUUCGAGAACCCCCGGAAUGGGGCUUCGUCCUUCCCUUCGUCCUGUGUUUUUGUUAUCCUGUGCAGUGAGGAGGCGGUGCAAGGCCAAAUGUCAACACGGUCGGCGACAAUGUUGACGUUGACGAUUUAGUUGGCCAACAAAAAUAACCCAGAGUGGCUGCACCCAACCGCCGGCUUGCGUUUUUUCUCCUUGCAACCCCAACCCAACUUGCAACCCGAAUACCCGGCAGACACGUACCCAAAUCGGAAACCAGUGGCAUUUUUGUGCUGCUUAAACGUUUCGCCAUCUCCGUUGGCUUUGCCAUAGUUGCAGUUUCUCGAGUGCCGGAAACAUGGCUCCUUUGUUCGGAUUGUUUGCCCACUGUGCACAGUGGGUGCCAGCACUUGCCACUUGACAUUUGACCAGCCAAUUAGGCGUUUUAUAUUUUCCCAUUUUGUAUUUUCUUCGCUACAGUCUCGUUGCAAAAACAUGGCCAACACAAGUAUAAUGGCAUAGCACUUUUUAAAUUCGUCUGCUGCUGCAGGAAGAGACGACUUUUUAAGACAUUCAUAAAUUCGGGCUUUUAUGCCGCAUCCAGACAUUUCAAUUUAAAAUGCAGUUCACUCGAAUUCCACCAUGCAGCAACCUUUUGUUUGUCAAACCGAGAUGGAAUAAUAAAAAAAAGCAACCUCACACCACGGAAUAAUGGCAGCGAAAGAAAUAUAAGCGAUACUCUUGGAGUUCGCUCCGUCGAUAUGGUUGCUCCGAACUGAAUGCUGGAUACAUUGUGCAUAUGUGCACUGAGAGAAAUGUGGGAUGAUGUCAUGCAAAAUCACGACACAUCACAUGGGUCGUAAUUUUAAACCUACAAAAGCUUUAUUUUAUUAAUAUUUAUAAAAAUAGCAACCAUUAUUGAUGAUGCAUAAUCCAAAAAUAAUACAAAAAUGGAUCUCCUAUAAAGUUCCAUCAAUUUCCAAAUCAAAAUUUCAUAUUAAAAUGAAUACAAAACCAACGAUACUAAGACAUGAAACACCUAAAAAUAAAUAUACUACAUGGUUUUUCAUACAUGAAUUAUGUUUUAUAUUUCAUUU